CUCCCUUUUUCGCCCGUCCAGCCAUCGUGGUGGAAGCUCGGCUGUCAUCUCAUCAUCAUGUCCUCUCAUAAAACAUUCAGAAUCAAGAGGUUCCUGGCCAAGAAACAGAAGCAGAAUCGUCCAAUUCCACAAUGGAUUCGAAUGAAAACUGGUAAUAAGAUCAGGUACAACUCAAAGAGGCGACACUGGAGGAGGACCAAGCUGGGAUUAUAAAGAAGGGCCAGCGCAAUGAAAGACAUUCUUCACCAAGACCAUGCCCCCCCCCCCAAUCAUGUCACUCAUUCCACCCAUCAAUCAUUGCCGUCCUUCAAUCACUUGAUCACCUUCUGCCCCAUUGCCCCCAAGAAGUCAAAAGUACUCGUGCUGCCCCCCAAUUUGGGAAGCUGUCUGACCAGGCGCAGACCCUAAAACAAAAAAGCCGUGUUGAAUUUGGUCCAGCCCCUAAAUGUUCCCACCUCCUGCAUUCAUGCGUUUGGUAAUGUGUGUUGGGAUCUGGUUUCAGUUACUGUUCUCUGCAUCUCUAUGUCGCAUCUUGUACGUUUGGGGUUAUGCUUAAGAGGCAGCGAUCAUACCGAAACAGAAACAAGAAGAAUCAAGCUUCAGCCCUGCCUCAAACAAGCCUUCACAAUGACCCCCUCUGUGUGUGUGUAUGUGUGCGCGUGUGUGUGUGUGCCUGCUUGCCUGCCUGCCUGCCUGCCUGCCUGCCUGCGAGCGUGUGUUGUUUUGUGUUCUAAGGAGUUAUAAGAGAGCACCUACCUCACAGGGUUGUUGUGGGGAACUUAGAUUUGCAAGCCUUCAGUGGAAGCCUCCAGUGCUGCGAAUCCUGGGCUGUCCCAGCCAGAUUACGCGCAGCUGACUGUGCUCAUUUAUCAAACUCACAGUCAGAGAAGUAACCUGUUGACCCCCUGCUUAUUUCAUACAAUAAGCCGUCUUCGUUCCAUCGUUGGGAGCUUGUGAAAAGUGUUGGCAGCUCAAAGGCUGUCGGUUAUUUGUGUGUUCGGGAAAGCCCAACCCUUAUUUAGGAACUAGACCUGGUCCAGGUGAAUGGCUUCAUAUUUUUCUGAAGAUGCAAUUCUGCUAAUAAAGGGCUUCUACAAAAAAAAAA